GCGCGCACGCAUUACAAAAAUACAUUCCUAGAGAGGAAGAUACAGAUACACAGAGAGUUGACAAAUUGUUCACUUACUUACUUCAGUACUUACGUAUUAGUCUCGUCUUCGUGUUCGUCUUCGUCUUCGUCUUAGUUCGAGUGACGCGAGUGUUUUUCAAUUGAUUGCUGCAGCUUCCAUUCUCAUGUCCAACGCAAAGCAUUGCCAAAGCAACACAGCACAACACAGCCACAUCAGCCGCCCAAUCAGCAACAGAUCCGGCAGCAGAAGUUCAAACAGCACCACCACCAACAACAACAACAGUGGCAACAGCAUUUAUCUAUACACGCUUCUAAUGGCGCUCGCAGCGCUUCUAUUGCCACUGACACAAGCACGUCAUCUGCCCAAUCAGCUGGCAUACAACAACAAUUACAAUGAGCACAACAACAACAACAACAACAACAACAAUGAGGACAGUUCAUUGCCUGCUUGGCACGUGAAUCCCUUUUAUGGCCUCGACAUGAGCAGCAGCGACGACAGCAGCAGUGGAAGCGAUAGUAGCGACAGCAGCGAUAGAAGCGAUAGCUACGAUAGCAGAUUUAUCGAUAGCAGUUUCGAGGAGUUGCGUGAAUUGCGACGGCUGGAACGUAUGCGACAUCGACGCAGCCAAAAGUUGACGUUCUUUGUGCGCGCCCAGCACGAGGCAGCGCAACGUGAGCUGCCCACCGAGUGGGAGAAUCCUUGCAGCGGCACCUUUGAACCCGCCGAUAGUCAAACGGCCGAAAUCGAUAGCUCGAAUCGCGGACGCACAAUCAAGCGAAAGUAUUUGGUUGCGCUGAGGAACAAGACAAUGUGGGAAUACGACGAGAUCCACAGAACUGCCAACUUAGACUACGGCAGCAGCGAGCACUGGCAGCACGAAUACAAAUUCCUGCCAAACAUGACGCGUCCCACAAAUGCGGUUAAGUUGAAGACCUGGUAUCGUCACAUGCAGACAUUCGUUGGCAGCUUUGCGCAUUUGGGCAAAGCUCAUUACCGCUACCGCAAACAGAAUCAAUUGAGUCUGGACAACAGCACCUACGAGUUGCACGCUCUCCUCCAAAGUGCACGAAGUGUUCUCUGUGAGAUUGAGAACACGAUCAAUUCAUCGUAUCCGAACAGUCAUGGCGCCAAACUCACGCACAUCAGUCGCCAAGCGAUGGAGGAGCGUCUCAAGUUUCAUACGCCCGCCGAUGGCAGCGAGGAGGCCGAUCUCAAUGAUCUGAAGUUCAGCAAGCUGUUGUACUUCCAGUAUCUGGACAACAUGUGGAAGACGCUGCACAAAUCGCUGCGCAAACAGCAUCGCAACAGCAUGGAACAGCAGCGCAGGCAACAGAAGACGCAGGCAACGGGACGGGGCAACAACAUUAACUCUUUGUCCGGAUCGAAUUCGUUGCAAGCGUUCAGCCUGGAGAGCUCCGAGAGUGGCUCGAUGGGUGCGACACGUCGACGAAGUCCUUGCCGCAAUUCAGCCGAAUGCUAAAGCGCUCAACACGCAAAGCUAAGCAAAAUACAAAAUACGCUCCCAGUAUUAAAGCGCCGCAGCUCGCAGCGUGGAUAAAAAAUCUUAAGAGAACACGAAGAAUUUGUCGAAUGCCAUUUUAGAAUUGUACGUCCCAGCCCCUUACCCCUUACCCUUACCCUUCCCCUUCUUCCCCAACAAAAUGUCCAAAGCUCUUGUCAUAUAUCUUAUAUAAUUUAUUUAUUUAUUUCAACUAUUUAUUAUUGCCCUAGUGAGCUAGUAUUAUAUAUUUUGUAUUAUUAUCGAGAUCCCCACACACACACACACACACACACACACACACACAACAACAUUCCCACAAAAAUUCGUAGCCAAUGCAUACCAUUUACAUAAUAUUUAUUUAUUUAUUUAUUGCAAACAUUUUCCACAACAAAACACACAUACACACACACAAACAUACACAAGAAAAAAAUGCUUAAAUACACUGUGAUUUAUUUUAAGUAAUUUUUUUUUGAAUAGCUCUUAGUAUGAAUGCAAAUUUUUUUGUAAUAUUUAUACAACUCUGUUGAAAACAAAACAAAAG